UCGGCUCACCAGUUGGACACUAAGAGAAGGACAGGACAGCUCAUCAGCAAAACUCAACAAGAGGAUACGGAUGCAGACGAAGACAGCGCAAGGAGGCCCAAAUAAAUCUUGGAUGCGUUUUUUCAUUAUAAGAUGGGAACAAGAGCGCCUGCACAAGUGCACGUCCCACGUUCCUCCUCCAGAACCAAUCGUUCCUUUGUAUGAAGUCUGCGGCUCAGUUUAACACACAGGCUCCGGCACGCCCCGAGACAAAAAAAGCGGCAGGACGGGAAAGUGAGGGACGAAAGGGCACAACAUUUGACAACUAUUGUUGACUCAAGGUUGAAGAGGUGCAUCUUCGGUGGCAAGAAUGAAGGCGCUUCCGAAGAAUCAGGGACGCACUGACCAGAUGUUGGGAGCCAUGGCUGACAUGCUUACUUCUGUGGCAAUGCCCAAUCAACAGUGGCUCGUGGAGGGUGGUGAGGCGGACCUCCCAUCAAGCGAAGAGGAAAGGGGGCCAGUCCAGGGCCGGUGGGAGCCCGAGGGACAGGACUGGGAACAGGUCAGAGAAGGAACAGACUCGUAUUCGGCAGCAGGCAGCGAGGGUAGCAUCUCUACCUCUGUGGCGUCCCUGCCUCCGCUGGCUUCCAGCAGCUCGGCCCCCAGCUCCCCUGGGUCCAAGCGCUCUGUAAGCACCCUUAAGAAAUGGCUCACAACCCCUGUUCGCAAGCUCAGUGCCGGGUCCACCGCCAAAGGGGAGCGUCAGAUUCGCAAACUGGAGGGAAAGCCUCCUCCUUUUCCGUCUCACAGUCAAAGCCAGGAUCUGGGCAGCUCCCUGAGGCCUGAUGAGCCUCUCACCAUCCUGCCUGUCACACAUACAGAACUGUGCUUCUCUGAGGCAUUGGACGUGUGUUUUUAUUCACAGCAGGAGGGGAAAGACGGCCUGGCUAGCCCUGAGGAUCUGUCGCCGGCGACACUCCAGUCCCCCGCUUACAUAACCAACUCACUGAUUGGCUGCACAUCGGUGCCUCACACGCAGGACACUCUGGACAGUCAGUCUACCUCUGUUGUACCAGAUGACAGCGGCUCUAUCCUGAUGGACGACACCUCCAGUCAAUGGUCUUCAGCGGCUGACACUGAGGAGGAACGGAGGAGCGCUCUGGAGAAAAGCUUGUAUGUACUGAAGGAGCUCAUUGAGACAGAGAAGCAUUAUGUAGCAGACCUGGGCCUCAUAGUGGAGGGCUACAUGGCCACUAUGAACGCUAAAGGCAUACCGGAGGACAUGAAGGGAAAGGACAAAAUUGUUUUUGGGAACAUUCACCAAAUAUUUGACUGGCAUAAAGACUACUUCCUGGGAGAGCUGGAGAAGUGUGUGGCAGAGCCAGAGCGACUGGGUCAGCUCUUCAUUAAACAUGAGAGGCGCCUGCAUAUGUAUGUGGUGUACUGCCAAAACAAACCCAAGUCAGAGCACAUUGUGUCAGAGUACAUCGAAACUUACUUUGAGGAGUUGCGUCAGCAACUGGGUCAAAGGCUGCAGCUCAAUGACCUGCUCAUCAAACCUGUCCAGAGGAUCAUGAAGUAUCAGCUGCUGCUCAAGGACUUCCUGAAGUAUUACACUAAAGCUGGGAUGGACACAGAGGAGUUGGAGAAAGCAGUAGAAGUGAUGUGCUUCGUGCCAAAACGUUGCAAUGACAUGAUGAAUGUGGGCCGACUUCAAGGCUUCGAGGGGAAGAUCACAGCCCAGGGGAAGCUGCUCCAGCAGGACACCUUCACCAUUACCGAGCAGGACAGUGGCUUCCUGUCCCGAGCCAAGGAAAGAAGGGUCUUCCUGUUUGAGCAGCUGGUCAUCUUCAGUGAGCCCAUUGAUAAGAAGAAGGGCUUCUCACUCCCCGGGUACAUCUUUAAGAGCAGUAUCAAGGUGAGCUGCCUAGGGGUUGAGCCUGCUGUGGAAGGUGAUGACGCACGCUUCGUGUUGACAUCGCGCAAUCCCGAUGGGAGUUUAGUGCGCUUCCAGUUGCUGGGCUCCUCGCCGGAGACGUGCAGAGCCUGGGUCAACGACUUGGUACAGAUCUUAGAGACACAGCGCAACUUCCUCAACGCCUUGCAGUCACCUAUUGAGUACCAACGGCGAGAAAGCAAGUCCAACAGUUUGGGUCGCUGCAUGAGACCCCCCGUGUCCACCGCCAGUGCCCUGAGGCCCCACUCCUCAGCGUCCAUUGACCGCCACAGGCUGCCUUCCCUCCAUUCGCAUAACACGUCCCUGCCCGCCCUUCAUCUGCCCAGCCAAGGCCCAGCUCGAGGACCCAGUGAGACUUACUUACUGCAGAAUCCUGUUCUGGUCCAGCCAUGUCCUCCUGACUCCAUUUCUCCAUCACACGUUCAGCUGAGCUUGUCAGAUCCGUCCAGCUGUCCCGCCGUUUCAAAUGGGCUGUACACACUGUCUACACAAACUACACAGAGAGCAGGCGAUGGCUGCCGCAGGGGUCAAGUGGCGGAUUCUGGAAGCCAGGCUCCAUUUUCGGGUCCCUCAGCUGGACGACGCCCGAGCAACCUGGCCCAGCUUGCUGAAGAUGACCUAUGAACUCUAAAUGGUCUCGUGAGCCUGAGGGACAGCAUGAAGACUAGAAGUCUGUUGCUCCAGAACUUACAACUAGUUCGGGAAUAUGAAGGAACCUAUGAAAGAACUUUAGGGAGCACCUGUAAAAUUACUCUUUUUGAAAAAAAAAAAAAAGGUGAAGUGACAAGCUACGGCCACUCUGUGUGUGCACAUGAAAACAAAUCACCCUGCAGGAGGUUGCUGGGCACUCGAAGGAAGGACAAUCAGUGUUAUUACAAUUACUGCAUUUGACUAGUUUAAGAGUUUGGAGAAAGGGUGGGGAGAGUUGGUUUGACUAUCAAAUAUUCAUUCCUAAUUGGGGCGGUCACUGGAGUGUGCCUUUCAGUUUGUAUGCAACAAUACAUGGACGUUUUUUUUUGGGGGGGGGGGGGUUUCCUGCAUGAGAGUGUGCAAGGAUCUGCAUGUGCUCUUCCUGUACUCUCAGGUAAUAAGACACAACUAGAGUAAUACACUUGGUGAUUCCUCUGCUGAUUGUUGAGCUGACUAUUUAGGGUGACAAUUUCAGGUAACACAUUCUGAACAUUACACUAAAUUCAAGAGUCAAUAAAAGAAGGACUUUGUCUCUGCCCUAUGCUCACAUUCAGCAGCUCUCGUCGGGUGCAUGUGCCUAUUUUGGUUUUCCAGUCUCUCUCUCUCUCUCUCUCUCUCUCUCUCUCUCUCUCUCUCUCUCUCUCUAAAAAGACAUGGUUCCCUAGCAGAAGGCCAAGUGUGAACAGUGAAGAAGAAAGUGAAACAUUUUGCUUUCCAAUGUGCUUUUGCUGGACUGAUGGAGACCUCUGGAUGGCGCCAAGCGGCAAACACUGCUUCAAGUAGCAGGCUGUGUGUUUAUUUGUUCACCGCAAGAUUCUCUGGUGUAUCUUUAAUUUUGUUGUUGUUUUUUUUUAAACAAAUAUUUUAAACUUCUCUACAAAACUGAGAAGUGACUUUUUUUUUCUUCAGAGGACUGACACGUGAGUGUGAUGUCCAAUGAUUAAAAACCUGUAAUCAGUU